CCGUGUGGAGAGAAGACGCAACAUGCUCCGUCCAUCAGUGGUGGCCCCGCUGAUGUGGCGACGUUACCGGCCGCUAUCGAUUUUCCCGGUCCCGCGAAUCCAACAGUUGUGCGUGGGCGCCAUCCCACCCCCUCGCCCGCGCGUGCUAACCGAAAGUGAGUGAGCGCCACCACCACCCGACAUCAACCGCGACCCACUUACGGCUAGCCAGCCCACCCACCCCUCGUUCCUGCCGAUCACUCGACGGGUGCGCUCCCUGCAGAUCAUCCCGCGGAGGCUGUAUCUGGUGUACCGAAGUCGUGUGCGAUACACGCAAAUGAGUAUUAGCGCCGAGUAGACCACGUUUAAGUCCCGUUCCAGCUGAGACGUUGUUCGUCUGAGCCGGUUUGACCUGCGCAAACGGCCACUCUCGUUCACGUGGUUGCGGAUAUUUCGUCGACGAGGAAAACUGUAUCUAAUACUAUUUGAAGACCAAUACAUUUUAUUAAAUGUCGACACCUUCUGAAGACAUGGACUUGAGUCGGCACAAGUUUCGUCGCUAUGAAUCAUCAUUUUCAAAACUUAAUGAAUAUCGCAAAGAUGGUACAUUGUGUGAUGUUACUAUUAAGUCUCAAGAUGGAAACGAAAUACAUGCUCACAAAUGCGUGUUGGUAUCUAAUAGUGAAUAUUUUGAUAAAAUGUUCAUUGGGGCAUUCAAAGAGACCACUCAAGAUGUUGUACAAAUUAAUGAUAUUAGCAGUAAUGCUUUGAAAAAUUUAAUUGAUUUUAUGUAUACGGGUGAAUUGGUUACGAUCGGUAGUGAUAACAUUGAUGAAAUGAUGUACGGAGCUGAUUUGUUCCGAAUGGAAGAUGUUCGAAAUGAAUGCAUUUCAUACUAUCGUUGGUCAUUGUGUGACGAAAAUUGUUUGACGAUUAAAGACAUAGCUGAUUUAAGAGCCAUGACUGAAUUAUCUGCAGAAUGUUUAAAUCAUGCUCUAGAACGUUUUAAUGAAAUAAUCCGACAUCAAUCUUUUUUGAACGCCAACGUUGAACAUAUAAAACAACUGUUAAAGGACGAUAAUUUGAAUACUAAAGAAGAGGAAACAGUAUACAGAGCUGUCAUAGAAUGGACAAAACACAAUGAAACCGAGCGGAAACAUUUAUUGCCAGAAUUGUUGACACAUGUUAGGUUACUAUUUGUUACAAUGGAUUUUCUGCAGCAAGAAUUUGAGUCUGAACCACUAAUUACAUCGAACCCUGAAUGUUUGCAGGUUUUCAAGAAAAUAUUUGACCAUAUUAAUUAUAAAUACGGUGACUCUAUGUCUAAGAUAAUAACCAACACCAGGCCUAGAGUGAAUACCAUCAAUAAGUUUUCCAAAGAGGAGAUGUUGCGUUUACGGCUUUAUCAAUGUUCAAUCAGUAAUAAUGGAAUAGAUCUUCUUGAAUAUUUGAGAGAUUACGAUUUCGAUCCUAAUUUCCCACAUGUCGAAUGGAAUCAAUAUAUGAGGGAAGACAAUUUUUACCAAGAGUGGGACAAAGAAUGGAAAAGUAAUAGUGAUAGUACUGAUGAAGAAGAUGAAAGCGACUAGUAUGAACAUAAUUUUUUACUCAAUAAAUAAAAAAAUAAUAAUAUUUAAAAUCAAAUUUAAAACUGUAACUAAACUGUAGGUACAGUAUAAUAUAUGUAUUAUGUAUAGCUAUAGAAUGUGUGAAAAAUAAAAAUAAUGAGCAUAGGCCUUAUAUGUCCUUAUCUUAUCUGUCCAAGUAGAUCAUACAAUGUGUUUAUAAUACAUAAUAUUAUAUUAACUAUUAUAGUUAUAUAAUUAUUGUUUUCGAAUGAGGAACCAAUGUAUCAGUGCUUACGUAUAGAUAAUAUGUUUAUAAAUUACCAUUAACCCAUGGAGGCAUGCACAGUUUACUAUAUUAUGUACUAUGUGAUAAAAAAAUCUCACGUAUCUGGAAUUCUGGACAAUGAGUAAGAUAAACAAGAUUUGAAUAAAAAUUCAAUGAAACUAUAAAUGCUCAUCUGGCAUUUGUGUAUUUAUUGAUAUGUACUACAUGACGGUCAUGAUGUGUUUUCCAAUAUUUCCAAUCACGCACAAGUUUGUGUUGUUAUAUUAAAAAUUAAAACAUUUCACAAACUAUCUACACUAUAUGAACAGCUAAAAAUUAUCUAUGGACUAUAUAGGUAUUGAAUAUUUUGAUAAUAUUUAAAAAAAAUUUUUAUUCAGAUAUUUAUUUAUGAUAAUUUACCCAUCCAUCUAUGAUUCUUUAUACUGUUCAUAAAUAAAUAUUUUAAGUAUAACAUAAAUAUA